UUUAAUUUAUAUAUACGUAGUAAAUAGAACAAUCAUAUAUGCUGACGAUGUUAAAAAACGGUUCAUAAAAUUUAUGAACUUUGUUGGGAUAUAUUAUCCCGGUCUGUUACUGUUCAGGAGCCCAAGACAUUAUCCAGUACGGAGCCCGAGCAGCUAGGCCCAUUUCGGCCCAUCCGGCCCACUUUGAUCACCAGGCCCGAUAUCGGCCCGUUUGGCCCAUUAGGGUGGAGAGCCCCUUCUCUCCUUCCCCUAUAAAUACGGAGCUUAGCCUCCAUGUAAAGGAGGCGGGGUUAGAUCCCUUCUUCUUCUUCUCCCUCCUUAGUUAGCUUACAAGACUCCAUUAAUGGGAGCUCAAAAUGUACUAUGUAAUGGUGAGGAGAGUUCUAAUGAGAAAGAGAGGGCUUGGACAUUAGCCUAAAAAGUCCCGUGGUUUUCUCCCUUUCGGGUUUCCACGUAAAAACUGAGUGUUCAUACAUAUAUUUUCUAUAUCGUUUGGGAUUAAACUCAACACUGGCGCCGUCUGUGGGAAUCUGUCCAAAAAGAUUCAUGUAUUUCUACUGUUCUUGAGUUUCUACUGAGUUUCUACAAAAAAUUCAUACGAGUAGACUGAUUCCAACAAAGAAAAAGCAUUCUGGAAAGCAAAAUAGGAGGAAGAAGAUUCUGGGAACGAGGAAGAAAAUUUCUGAGAAAAUGAUUCUGGAAAAUUGCAGAUCUGGGAUGGAACUGCCAGAGCUGCCGGAGCCGCCGGAAUCGCCGGAACCGCCGUCAUCAUUCCCGCCGCCACGAAACCUUGGGCGAGUGUACGCGCGCUGGAUGGAGCUCGCGGCAGCGCUCCAUUUGUUGAUCCCGGCUUCUGGUGAAACGCCGCCUGCAACGGAGUCGCUCGUGGCCAGCAUCUGGUUUCACCGACCACCGCCUGAGUCGUCACACCACCUGGUCAGCCGCGGCUCGAACCUCCACCGCCCAUCCUGUUCUGUCGACGCGACGCGAGGACCCGCCAACUGGGAGUUCUUUGAUCUCUGCCAUUAACGGGGAUUUGGAGCUCGGGGAGGGUACUCUCAAAGCUCGAGUAGCAGACCUCCCACCGAACCAGACCAUGUGGUCAUCCUUGCGUCUGUACCGCCGUCAUUUGUCCUUGGGUUGGGAGCCGGAGUUUCAGCCAGCUUUCCUAAGGUGCGGGGUGUUGCAGAAUCGCUCAAGAGCCUUGGUCCUCAUAAGGCCACGUGAGUAGGAUGAAUGGUGGCGGAUGGAUAAGUUUGGGAGCAUCUUGACUAAUUCCAGAAAUUCCAACUGGCCGAACAUCUAUUCUUAGAGCUAAGUGCUCUUACUCCUGCUCUUUAGUUAAAAUGCUACUCGUAUGAUUGUUAGUUAAAAUGCUUCGUACUAGUAUUGUUAUUGGUUAAAAUAUUUUAUCACCAUUAUUUAAUUGGGAGCAAAUACCCCAAAAUUAAAUAAUGCCGAGCGACGCUCUUGUGAUAAUUAGUUUUCACCGUCAUUUAAAUUUAAUGACUGGUUUUUGUGGGCCCGACAGCCCGCUCCCGAUCGGCUUUAAUUAGCGAGCGGAACAUACCUGAAUGGCCUUUGAUAGGAUAAUAUCAUUGCUAUUAUUACUACCCGUACAUCACUAUUAUUUAUUAGGGAUAAAAAUGUCCCGAAUUAAAUGAUGCGGAGCGAAGCUCUAGUGAUAGUUAGUUCGGCCAACAUUUUAUUAAAUGUUUAAUUGCUUGUGGGCCCGUUGGCCCACUCUCGAUCAGCUUGAUUAAGCGGUCUGAGCGUCUCCAAAAGGGCGAUGCCCCAACGACGCAUUUUAAUUUGAGGGUUGCACGUUAGUCCGCACGGCACUACGUGCCCGAUCGACGACCGUACCCCAGAACCAUCCGCGCCGCUAGGCGCGAAGUGACUAUUGCCAAACGUGGCCUAUGGUUCCCGAGGGCACCAAAGCGCUCAACCUCGUUUUUUCGAGGGCAGUGCGACCAACUUGGGUCUGAGUUUUUCAAACUCACAGACCAGUGAUUAUCUCUAUGUGACGUUCGGCGGGCUGCUAAUUGGCCCCGCCGCGAGCUGCUACGUCCAUUAACCCCGCACGAUGAGCCGGGCCGAGGGUCACGAUGACCCAUAGGCCGGUAAUCGUGGAUGUUAAAGAGAAAGCCAUGCACAUGGUUAUGUGUGCAUAUUUAUUGUCGGGCCGUGCGGCCCGUUACCAUGUUAGUUACGCAGCUGAAGCCACUCGACGUGAUCGAGCGAAAUGACUAAAAGACGCUCGACCUGAGUCUCAAAGGCGUUCAGGGCCAGCUAAAGAGGAGACCAUCACGGCUGAAAGCCGAGAGAUGAGCAUCUCCACCCAGAGGCCGAGGGCCUAGAGGAGACCACCACAGUUGAGAACUGUGGGACAAGCAUCUCCACGCCAGAGACCGAUGGCCUAGGAAGAACACCUAGAGGCCGAGGGUCUAGAGGCGAAUGCCAUGACAGAGAACCGUGAGACGAUCACCCGUCAUUCAGAGGCCGAGGGCCUAGAAGAGAUCGUCACGGCCGAGGGCCGUCUGGCGCCAUCAUUACAUCAUGACCGGCCUCUCGGCACGGCGUGUUUAUCUUUUGAAGACCGGCCUCGUCUCCGCGCUGCGCGGAUGAGGACCGUUGCUUGAUUUUAGGUCGGCCUCUCAUUGUCGACAUCAUUAUAUCACGACCGGCCUCUCGGCACGGCAUGAUUAUCUUAUUUGAAGACCGGCCUCGUCCCCGCGAUGCACGGAUGAGGACCGUUGCUUGAUUUCAGAUCGGUCUCCCGUUGCCGACAUCAUUAUAUCAUGACCGGCCUCUCGGCUCGGCGUGUUUAUCUUUUGAAGACCGGCCUCAUCCCCGCACUGCGCAGAUGAGAGCCGUUGCUGGAUUGCAGGUCGGCCCCUCAGUGCCGACACUAUCACAUCAUGUUCGGCCUCUCAUCGCCGACAUCAUCAUACCACGACCGGCCUCUCGGCUCGGCGUGCUUAUCUUUUGAAGACCGGCCUCGUCCCCGCCACAUCGCGGACGAGGACCGUUGUUUGAUUCUUUCAGGUCGGCCUCUCACUGCCGACACUCUCAUGUUAUGUUCGGCCUCUCGGCACGACAUAUUUAUCUUUUGAAGACCGGUUUCAUCCCCGCGCUGCGUGGAUGAGAGCCGUUGCUCGGAUAUAUCGGCCUGACCGGACACUAUUGCCAUCUCCUUAUCAGGACCGACUGCUCAGCGACAUUGUGAUCAUUGUUUGUCGGCUCCCAAUGCCGACCCUCUUGAGUUUGCGAUCGGGCUCACGACUCCCCUCCAGGGGGUGACCAUCGCAUUCGCAUGACGACCAGCUAUUCUAUCGCCUCGUCAUUAUAUUCGUUCGCUAUGCCACCACCAUUAUGUGUGACAUCCCGUGAUCCCUGCGAGUUUCUUGGAUACCGAAUGUCUUCUUCGAUGUAGGAAGAUUGGUAGGACCACGGACCAGGGACGGACAAAGAAGAGCUAGGGAAUCUCGAUGUAGAUAAACCUGUUUCUCAUUGUGAUGUCUGCGGAUACCGAACGUCUCCUCGAAGUAGGAACGCCGGUAGGACCAAGGACCAAUGACGAACGAAGAAUAUAGAUUGCCUCCCUCAAAAAAAAAAAAAAAAAAAAAAACAGAAAAGAUGGGGAGAAGAGGAGGGUAGCUCCUAUGCGGAAGGGAAUCUUGCCCGGGCGUGCCAGAUCUUCCCCCACUGCCGAAGACGAACGCCUCUCGAUGUAGAGGUUAGUAGAGACGCGGAGGGGGCUAGACGAACCAAGGGAGCUUGUCAAGAUAAACCUGUUUAUCCCACAAAUGACCAUGGAUCGAUGGACGUGGGAUAACAAAGUCGGGAACCCGUGAGGGUAAACCUGUUCGAUCCUGCGAGUUCCUUGGGUACCGAACGCUUUCUUCGAAGCAAGAGACGUCGGUAAGACUAAAAGGACCACGGACGAACGAAAAAAGGGGGAAUCUCGAUGUAGAUAAACCUGUUCCUCCUUGCGAGUUUCAAGGAUACCGGACAUCCUUCGAAGUAAGGACGCCGGUAGGACCAAGAACCAAGGACGAACGAAGACUAAAAGACUCCAAAAAAAAAAAAAAGAUGCCAGAAGAGCACGGAGCAAAGAAUGAUUUUAUCCCUCGGCGCUAUUGGCCGGGAAGUACAAACUGAAAAACAUAUGUAAAGAAUAAUUACAAAACUUAAGUACGAAGAAUGAAGUGGCCGACGACGAUCGGCUAACAUCAGGUUUUCUUUUGCCUUAGACGACGAAUGCCAGCUCCCCAGAUCAGACAGAGGGACGACGCCCAGGUCCACCCUUCCUCCCAGGAUGAAGUCCUGACAGACGAUCGGCUUCUCAUAGCCAGCCAAGACGGAUCGUGCCUGGCUUCACGGUUCGGCUCGCCCAUUCCCUCCAGGAUGGCGACGAACGUCUUAUGCAGUACGAUCGGCCCCUCAGCGCCAUCGUACCCAACUCACGUUCAGCUCGUCCAUCCCUUCCAGGAUGGCGACGAACGUCUUAUGCAGUACGAUCGGCCCCUCAGCGCCAUCGUACCCAGCUCACGUUCAGCUCGUCCAUCCCUUCCAGGGUGGCGACGAACGUCUUAUGCAUCACGAUCAGCGCCCCAGCGCCAUCAUGUCUCUUUCACGUUCGGAUCGCCCCAUUCCCUCCAGGAUGGCGACGAACGUCUUAUGCAGUACGAUCGGCCCCUCAGCGCCAUCGUACCCAGCUCACGUUCAGCUCGUCCAUCCCUUCCAGGGUGGCGACGAACGUCUUAUGCAUCAUGAUCGGCUUCUCAGCGCCAUCGUGUCUCUUUCACGUUCGGAUCGUCCAUCCCUUCCAGGGUGGCGACGAACGUCUUAUGCAUCACGAUCGGCUUCUCAGCGCCAUCGUGUCUCUUUCACGUUCGGAUCGUCCAUCCCUUCCAGGGUGGCGACGAACGUCUUAUGCAUCACGAUCGGCUUCUCAGCGCCAUCGUGUCUCUUUCACGUUCGGAUCGCCCCAUUCCCUCCAGGAUGGCGACGAACGUCUUAUGCAGAACGAUCGGCCCCUCAGCGCCAUCGUGUCCAGAUUCACGGUUCGGCUUGCCCAUUCCCCCCAGGAUGGCGACGACCGUCUUAUGCAGUACGAUCGGCCCCUCAGCGCCAUCGUACCCAGCUCACGUUCAGCUCGUCCAUCCCUUCCAGGGUGGCGACGAACGUCUUAUGCAUCACGAUCAGCGCCCUAGCGCCAUCGUGUCUCUUUCACGUUCGGAUCGCCCCAUUCCCUCCAGGAUGGCGACGAACGUCUUAUGCAGUACGAUCGGCCCCUCAACGCCAUCGUACCCAGCUCACGUUCAGCUCGUCCAUCCCUUCCAGGGUGGCGACGAACGUCUUAUGCAUCACGAUCGGCUUCUCAGCGCCAUCGUGUCUCUUUCACGUUAGGGUCGCCCAUCCCUUCCAGGAUGGCGACGAACGUCUCUUAUGCAGCACGAUCAGCGCCCCAGCGCCAUCGUGUCUGGCUCACGUUAGGGUCGCCCAUCCCUUCCAGGAUGGCGACGAAUGUCUCUUAUGCAGCACGAUCAGCGCCCCAGCGCCAUCGUGUCUGGCUCACGUUAGGGUCGCCCAUCCCUUCCAGGAUGGCGACGAACGUCUCUUAUGCAGCACGAUCAGCGCCCCAGCGCCAUCGUGUCUGGCUCACGUUAGGGUCGCCCAUCCCUUCCAGGAUGGCGACGAACGUCUCUUAUGCAGCACGAUCAGCGCCCCAGCGCCAUCGUGUCUGGCUCACGUUCGGGUCGCCCACUCCUUCCAGGAUGGCGGCGAACGUCUCUUAUGCAGCAUAAUUGGCCCCUCGGCGGCAUCAUGUCUAGUCCAUCUUCGGCUCCGCCCAUGCCAUCCCGGAUGGGGGACCCGUCUUGUGCAGCACGUAUGCCUCUCGGCGCUGACAUGCUCGAGUUCUCGUUGAGAGCUACCGCUCCUAUCACAUCUUGCAUUCCCUCUCUCAUACAUUGCACCCAUACAUUACAUGCAUUCAUGCAUCAUACCUCAUACAUUCAUACAUACACACGUGCAUCAUCUUUUGACAGUACCGCGACGUCGUUUUAUAGAUGCAUGGACCUCUAAGCUUCUCUGAUUGGAAAGCUCGAGUCAGAGUCCUCUACUCUCGCCUGAUGCAUUCAGGGGGAGCGUGCCCGUGGAGGAGCACCCUUCGCCCGACCCCGUCGGGAAGGGGGGUGCCUCACCGGCAGAUUACGUUCAGGAGUGUGGACAUCCACUCAUAUAUUAUGAUUAUUCGAAGACACAGGUUCCCUCUAGGCAGAGGUAAAGCGCAGGCAAGAAGAUAUUUUCUCGAGCAGAUUCGCACACUCACUACUCAAGAAACUGGGGGACUUGUGUUGGGAUAUAUUAUCCCGGUCUGUUACUGUUCAGGAGCCCAAGACAUUAUCCAGUACGGAGCCCGAGCAGCUAGGCCCAUUUCGGCCCAUCCGGCCCACUUUGAUCACCAGGCCCGAUAUCGGCCCGUUUGGCCCAUUAGGGUGGAGAGCCCCUUCUCUCCUUCCCCUAUAAAUACGGAGCUUAGCCUCCAUGUAAAGGAGGCGGGGCUAGAUCCCUUCUUCUUCUUCUCCCUCCUUAGUUAGCUUACAAGACUCCAUUAAUGGGAGCUCAAAAUGUACUAUGUAAUGGUGAGGAGAGUUCUAAUGAGAAAGAGAGAGCUUGGACAUUAGCCUAAAAAGUCCCGUGGUUUUCUCCCUUUCGGGUUUCCACGUAAAAACUGAGUGUUCAUACAUAUAUUUUCUAUAUCGUGUGGGAUUAAACUCAACAAACUUUAUAGAUCAUAUUAUUGAUGGUGUAAAUAGUACGAUCCUCAUCAUCACAUAUAAGAAUCUUCAUCUCACUCAUUGAGAUGACCCUUGACGUGACAACAUACAAUUGACUAUACACAAAGACAUGUCUCGCAAAAUAUAUUUCCACUUCAUGUAGAGAUUGUCCUUAUCUUUUGUUUAUUAUCAUGUCAAAUGAAACAACGAUUGAGAAAUGCUUGUGUCGAUAUUUGCAAGGAAUUAUGCUAUCUGACGGCACCAAUGAUAGUCAUUGAAUAAGAGUGAAAUGAUAAAUUAAUAAUUAAUUAAGUUCUUAUUAUAAAUGUAUUGAAAUUCUCUUUUAACGUGUGUGGUAUCCAUAUAUGAUAUGCGUGAAAUACUCUUUCAUUAAAUUAACGGAAAAUCUAUAAAAUCAGUCCAAAAUAUCUUUUAAUAUGAGAUUAAACCCAUUACCAUUUCAUGAGGGGGUGCAUAUAUAUAUUAUAUUCUAACAUUUCACAUUAAUUCAUUUCCGUUCCUUUCCACUUCCAACAUAAACAUUCUGUAUUGAAUAUUAUUUAAUCAAUCAACAGCUCAAUACAUGCAUAAGAUGGAAAUAAAUGCUCCAUUCUAAAUUACUUUGGAUCUACACUCUUGGGCAGGAUGCAUAUAUAUUCUAGUGUUCUACAUUAGUUUCACACUAAUUCCCUAUUAUGACAUUAGUUUGGGUGGGUUUCCCCCAAUAGUUGCCCAAACUUUGUUACCUUAUAUUUCCUCGGUUCAUAACUAAAUAAGCGCGCAAGAUGUUGAAUUUUACACUACUCACAUGUUCUAACGCGUAUAAUGCAUUUGUUUAUUACCUAAAAUUGGGUGGUGUCAAAUAUUCACUUACCCGCCAGUUUAUAUAAAAUUGAAUAAGCAUUAAUAUGAUCAAUUCAAUUGAAUUUUAGAAUGAAAAUAAUUACCUUUAAGGUUCCAAUUUUUCAGCUUUGUACGUAGUAUAUAUGUAUGGUAAGAAAAACAAUUUCAUUUUUUGAAAAAAGAAAACAAUAAGCGGCUGAUUUUAUUUGGAAGGAUAGGCGGCUGAAUGCACGGAGCAUUAUAACUUUAUUUACUAACGUACACCUAACUUAUUUAAUCAUCAAAUUUUCUUUUUUCAUUACUUUCUUAUUUUAUCCAUAUUUUGGGCGGGAUUUUUCCCUCCAGUUGUGGUGCAACGACUGUUACUUUAUAUUAUAUAAAGAUAUAUGGUGAUAUUGCUAUGUAUACCAUUUGUUUCCCAAUUGUAAACAAGAGAGUUAGUGGUCCAACAGAUGGAGUUUGUAGACUCCAACUAAGCUACAUAUAUUAACAAAAAAUGUGACAAAUAAUAUUUUAAUAAAAAUAUUUAAAGUAACGUACAUAUAUACGUAGUAUAUAAUAGAGUGAAAAUAUUAUAUUAUAUAUAUUAAGUAUUUACGGUGUAAAAGAUACUCCCGCAAAUAAUAUUUUUAUAUUAUUAAUUCAUAUAAAUGUGUGAAUCAUAAAAGCUAGAUAUACCACGAUAUUGCUAUGUAUAUCGUUUGUUUUCCAGAUGAGGAAAAGAGUGUUACUGGCCCGAUGGUAACCUUAUGAGUGUAGGAGAUUUUUGCCCCUAUAAAGCGCGUUCGAAUCUUAGUGGCGUUUUCCUGUAUUUUUUUUUUUUUCACAAUUUUCUCUAUCACUAAUGACAUGGAUAAUCACUAAUGACAUUUAUAAUAAUGAUGAUUCAGAUUUAAUGACAUGGAUUUCUGACGGACAUGUGGCAUUUUUUGGCUGGAAUAUUGAUUGGUACCACCGGUUGCAACAUUUAAACGUAGUUGAGGUGCUGAUUUGCUUUAUUAAAGACUUAACAUACUAAAAUGCAACAUUACCAAUAAUUAAUGUAAUGUUUAUGUAUUUUACUCUAAGUAUAUGGUUUAAUAAGUGUUUAAGGCAAUAAAGAAGCAAGAGCUAACAAGUACUUAGAACAAAGUGGAUCCAAUUCUAUUGAGGUCUAUAGAACGAUUACAACAAUUAUGUCGAGCGGCGCUCCGAGCCUCUAGA